CCAAACAAACACUCAUCAUGUCUCUUUUAUGCAAAGCCUCAAGGCUGAACACUUCGGCAAGAAUAUGCGCCAACACAAUCGCCAAGUCUCAGUCACAUCAACCAUUGCGUUUCGCGUCCAGUAAAUCAACCAGUCACACAGAAACCGAAGAUACCAAAGCAGAUGCCAAAUCUUCGAAUAAACAAUCACCACACAAGAAAACGCAGGCCGAGCUAGAUAAGGAACUCCAACUCAAGAUGCAGGGUCUAUCUGGCGAUGGUGGAGACUCGGGAGUGGAGUAUGAAGAUGGCCAGCCCGUCUCAAUGAAGAGGAGUGUCAAGAACAACAUGUUUCGAUACAUUUGA